UGACUCUUAGCCUUACGGAGCUUAAAGAAUCAAAAGUUAUGCUGAUCAAACUAACUCAACGAGUUUAUUAUCCCCAGGAGUAUAGUCAGCUCUCUGACGCGAAACUAAUUUCAAAGAAAAGUUCUAUUCUCACUUUGAACCCAUUUCUGGAUUCGAAUGGAACUAUGAGAGUUAACGGUAGAUUAGCCAAUUCAUGCCUAACCUAUGAUGAAAGGUACCCUUUCAUUAUUCCAAACUCGUCUAACUUCUGCAGAAUGUUUCUUGACUUUACUCAUAAAACUCUGUUGCAUGCUGACAUUUCCCUAAUGAUGAAUGCAAUUCAAAGUCAAUUCUAUAUACCAGGACUUAAAAGAACUGUUAAAAAAUGUGUUCACCAUUGUUUAGUGUGCGUCCGGUAUAAGCAAAAGCUGAAGUCUCAGAUUAUGGCAGCUCUGCCCCCGGAAAGAUGCUCCCUUUCUUUACCAUUCACUUAUGCGGGUGUUGAUUUUGCGGGACCUUUUCAGAUAAAAUCAGCUAUACAUUUGGAAGCGUGCUCUAGCUUAUCCUCCGACGCGUUUUUAGCAGCUUUCGCACGGUUUACGGGUAGAAGAGGGUUGCCUAAACGCCUUAUGUCCGAUAACGGCACAAAUUUUCUCGGCGCCAGUAGAUCGUUGCGAAAGGAAUCUCUCUUAUUUUUACGAAAAUCGGCAGAAGAUAUAAGUAAAAAAUAUGCAGUCCAUGGUUUUGAGUGGAAGUUCAUUCCACCUAGUGCUCCACAUAUGGGAGGUCUUUGGGAGGCUGGUGUAAAAAGUUUUAAGAUUCACUUUCAGAAAAUAGCCGGCAACCAAAAGUUUAACUUUGAAGAGUUCUCGACUCUAUUAACCCGAAUUGAAAGUGUCCUAAACUCCAGACCUCUUUCCCCAAUGUCCGAGGAUCCUGAAGAUUUACAAGCCCUAACUCCUGGUCACUUUUUAAGAGGAGCUCCAUUGAUGUUCGCCCCUGAACUGCCUUCAGAGAAUUUAUCGAUAAUAAACCGAUGGGAGCGGCUCAAGGCCUUUCAUCAUCGUCUUAGUCAACGCUGGAAGACUGAAUAUCUUCAUGAACUUCACAAGCGUUACAAAUGGAAAAACCCACAGCGGGAUUUGCAGAAAGAUGACUUUGUAGUCAUAAAGGAUGAGCUCCUACCUCCAAAUGAGUGGAAAAUGGGACGAGUUGAAUUAGUCCAUACUGGAAAAGAUAAACGCGUUCGCGUAGCUGACGUCCGAACAGCGUCUGGAACCGUUACCAGACCAAUAGUCAAACUUUGCAUGCUUCCGAUUUGUGAUAAGUCAGUAGAUUGACUAGGAUUGUAUGUUCUGUAUGUCCUAUA